AUGAUGACUGUAUUUCAACUGAUUCAUGAUAAUUACGCACGGGUUUAAUUUCUGUAAACAAACUUGCCCCGUCCCCAUUGGACUUGUUUUUGAUGACUCAUUCCCUCUGUAUAUAUUAAAUGGGCAGUUGCGUUAUUCAAAGCUUUAAUGCAAAAAUAAAUACAGCCCAGACACUGAGCUCGAGCGUGCGUGUGGUUUUUGAUGUGGGUACUUUAACAGUUCAUGGCUUACCUACGGUUACCAUCAGCGAUGCUGUCAUCACUGGGCAGGAGCAGGCUGGAGGUUAACAUCGCUGUGCUUGGAGCUGACAACGUCGGUAAAUCUGCAUUGACCGUUCGAUUUUUGACUGGAAGAUUCAUUGGAGAAUAUGGUGAUAAAGAGUCCAUCUACAGCCACAGCAUUAUUAUCGACGGCCAAGAGGUUUGUGUAAACAUCUGGGACUCCCCCUCCCUUCAUGACCAGGACUUGGAGCGGCUUCUGGGCUGGGCGGACGCCCUCCUGCUCGUCUACAGCAUCUGCGAGCGAGACACAUUCGCGAUGCUGUACUCCCACCGCUCCCUCCUGCGCCAUGCGGCUCGACGCCGGCUGCCACCACCGGGGUCCCGUGGCAGCGACGGCGGCGGCGACCAGCGGCGGCGGCGGGCCGGGUCCCUGCCGCAGCCGGGGGUGACCCCGACCCCGACCCCGGCCCCGCCGCUGCUGCUCGUGGGGAACAAGCUGGACCUGGAGCACCUGCGCACGGUGGCGAGCGGGGAAGGGCGCGCGCUGGCGCUCGCGUUGGAUGCCUCUUUCGUCGAGGUGUCCGCCGCAGACGAUUGCGACGCCGGCGUGGGGGGCGGAGUUCACCGCGCGCUGGGUGCGCUGGCACGGGAUGCCCUCCUGCCGCUGCUGCUGCCGUUGCCGGCCACUGGCAUUGCUGGUGUUGAUGCCGGUGCUCGUGGCUCUAGUGUAAGUGGCGGUGCCACUGGUGGUGCUGGUGCUAUGAACGAUGGAGUUGCCUUUGUGCAUCCCGCACUGCAUGGCAGGAAGGGCGGCUUCCGAGGAAUUGUGCGCAGCGUGUCGGCUGUGGUGUUUGGCAGAAAGCGCAUUCACUCAUUGUGA